AUGCCCUAUCACUCAUCCGGCAAACCAAGCACCUUCUGGGGCCGUGAUUACAAUGCAUUGGGCCUCCACAAUCUCACUGAUCACGCGUAUUAUGGCUGCGAACUGCCAUCCGGCAAUAUUCGGGGUUUCAAAGGGGUUGUCAAUCUUGUCGACCUCUUGGCAGGGCCAGUCUGUCCAAUCCCUGAGCUAGAACAAUUUCUCGUUGCCAUCGCCGCUCGCGAGGAACCUGGAGGCGCUCCAGCAGUAUCGGUGGGGGCAUCAGACGAGGGCGAAAGCGCCGUUGACGCAACCUGUGUCGAGGCUAUUCAAGCUAAGGCUAGAUCCGUUAACCUUACGGAUCUUCCGCCGGAGUUGAUCUAUCAGAUUGCCGGACAUAUCGACGACCUGAAGGUGGUGUUGAACUUGGCGACAACGUGCGUACGGUUGCUGCGGAUCCUGACUCCAGAGAUAUCGCAAAUCAGGACGAACUGGUUGCAGGACUUUGGGCAAGCAGGGUACCCACACGAACCUUGGAGUUUGAAGCGCGUAUUGGCCAUAAAGUCUCUUGAUGAGACGCCAUACCAAGGAUUUAUCGAUAAUGCGAAAGCAAACAUCAUGGCUGCUGCAGAGCGUCGGGGCCGUGCGAACAAUCUAGAAGACGACGUUGCCGCCUCCAUCAGAUGGCUAGACGCCCUUAGAUGGCCAAAGUGGCACUGGCCUUGCGACAAUCACAUCAAACCCGGGGAACACCAUAUCGGAGACGAUCUACACACGCUGACGGAGCCAGAAAAGUGCGUCCGCGUCAUCGAGGCUCGAGACAAACUGGAAAACAGCAAGCUCGAUUUCAAGCAGCGAAAGCUGAAUCCCAGCCCGGAAUUGCGGGAGUAUCAAAAGACACACGAUAUGCCGGGAUUAUAUGGGCGGUCUGAAUGGGCGUUCCAAGAGCGGCUGGCCGGAAUCCAUUGGCAAGAUCGGCAGGCAGCGUUGCGUGAGCUUCCAGCGAAACACUUGGACGGGAAACCGAUGCUCGUUGGCAAGGAACAUUAUCGAAUCGUCAACCUGGACACCAAGGAGCACAUUGAUACCGAUGCGAUGCUAGGAGACGGUGUGCUCUUGCCCCAAGUUUUAUUCUGGUCGGUAUUCUAUCAAUCAAUAGGGCCUCCUGCACCUUGGGCUGGACAUCGCCUAAGCUACGAGGCCAUACCAUGUGUUCAGCGAGAGUUUACUUCGUCCUGGAAGGUUGAGAGUCCUCAGCUCGACACCAUUGACGUACGGGAGAAGCUGUGCAAACACUUCUGUACGAGAAGAUUUGGUUUUUUCAAGCGAAGUUGA